CCAUUUGGAGUUUCAGACGAUUGCAAGUGGAAAAUAAGAGGCCAGAGUGGCGCAAUGGAAACGUGAGGCGACAGAAAAUGAAAAGAUCACUAAUCUCCCGCCUCUAUUAUUGACGCAUUUUAGUCGUUAAGUCUUGAUCCAACGCACGUCAUAGUCUCAGUCUAGACAGCACAAUCAACGUGUCUAGACCACGUCUCGAUCACCAAAUGAAAACAUUUUAUAUUUUGCAUUCCCCUCCGCUGAUGUGUUGUCUAGAGUGGUUGGUUGUGAUUGGUCCGAUUCGCUCAGGCAAUAAUUGACCUGGUCGCCAAGAAAUUGGGAUUCACAAAACAGUCCUUACUAGAAACGCCAUACCUGCUUCAUUGAAUUCUAUUCAAUACGCCACCACACGGACUGGAAUACAUUCAAGUUUAUUCAUAGAGGAUAGSUAUCGAGAGUGGCUUUAUUACAAAGAUCCACAGCUGUCGCUGGUAAAAAGCCCGUGAGUCUUUUWCCUUCACGGACCAUGGCAAAGGAAAAGUUUCAGAGGACGGAUAAUCCACUUCUCGAUGAAAUUCUUCAAAAGUACAGAGACUGUUCAACAGAUUCUAUUUCUGGUCCCCGUGGAUUCGGCGAGUCUGUUGGCAAAAGGCCUUGGACGGUUGUAUCUCCAGACGUAAAGGGGAAACAGAACUUUGUUUCGUCUAGUGAUGCGAUGAAAUCGGCACGUAAUACGUUACUGCGCUCCGUCUCAUCAAGRAUGUACGUCCCAGCGAAGGACCAAGGGACUUUAAAGUUCAAGGAAACUCUCGUUGACCAAAUMCCUCUUGCCUGCUUUAGUUACGGCGGUGAGAAGAGGCUAUGUUUUAAGGAUUUGGUAGAAAAAGUUUUAAAGGGUUUCACAACUCAUGCAAUCAACUCCGCACGCGAUCGUCUCCAGAUCUUUUGUCCGCGUUGUACUCCACAACAACUCGAGAUUCUCAAACUUGCCGGUGUUCUUCCRUGGUCUUGUACUUCGGCUGGCCUUAUAACUAAAACAGAUGCCUUCCGACUGAUCGGUGUUCUAAAAAGCUCGUCAUUUCCUCGUAAAAACAGUCGAUUGUUUACUGUUGACAGUCUGGAAGUCUAUCAUGAAUGCUUUGGGGGAUGUGUUGGGACUUUAGAAAUCGAAGCGUAUACCGAUCCGUACGCUGAAUGCGUWGCGUGUGCCCAGUGCGAAAGCGUUUUCUCACCUCGGACGUUUGUAACUCAUACACACAGCUCUGGUGAAGUACAUACAUGUCAUUGGGGCUUCGACUCAGCGCARUGGAGACUGUACCUUAUGCUGUGCAAUGAUCACCCRACAAUUCACGUUCAAAUGAUGUGGGAAAUGCUAACAAGCAAAUUCUCAGACGGCAGCCGAAGGAGAUUCAAGAGGGAAUAUCAGGAAUCUGGMAUGGAUGAGGAGUACAACUCGAACAAUGCCAGAUCGAGUAGCCCAACUUGUGCUGGAAAAAAAUCGCGAUCAGAAAAUUGCGAAGGGAGUUCUGGAAGUCCAAAACAUAAGGAGUCAACAGAGCGCUAUGUUUAUUGCUCUAACGGGGUUGUGACGUCUUGCACAAGCAGCAACGGGGAUAUUAUGGGACGCCGCUCGGCAUUUAGACCAUGGUCUCCGAUUGGAAAUGUUGUWAAGCAGAACGGAAGACAUGUCAGUUCAUCUGGAAUAAUAAGUCCCGGCUCGACUGGGAGAAUCUUUGAUCCUAAUACUGCGARCAGUGAACAUCAUUCCUCGAGUCCACCGCAUCGCAGUAAAUCGGUGAAUAGUUCAAGCCCACCAGCCAGCAAAAUGGACACGAUAUCGACUCCUUCUUCCAAGGAUCCUUUAUCGUUAGAAAAAACUGCUAAAGACAUGUUAGAUGUUGUUAGUCAGGGAAACCAAUGGAGUGCGUUCGAGGAGGCGUACUCACACUUACAAAAUGGCUCUAAAACCGACAUGAUCUCGAUCAAAAUGUCGUUAAACGAGAAUGACAUCCACGAGACAUUAUUAAGACACUCGAGAAAUGGAGAACUUCCAAGUAUGAAAGAACUUAGCGGAAUUUUAGCGAAAGAUUUGAAAGAAAUCUUAAACCAAAACAACGCAACGGUAAAGCARCUAUUGACGGAGCGUUCGAAGCUGGAAGGUAUUUUUGAAGCAACUAAGCGCGACCAUGCCAGCCGGGUUGACGAACUUUACGAUGAGUUACGGAAAACCAAGAAGGAYCUACGUCUCUGUCAAGCAAGAUAUCGAGACGAGACUCAUGAACUUAAAAAUAGGAUAAAUACUCUGGAAGCGGAGUUGAGACGGCAGAGACUUGACAAGGAAGGAAGCGUGGGAAACAGCUCUAAAGAGUCUMUCGAAGUUUUACAACAAGAGGUGCGAGACAUGAGCAUCAAACUGGAACAAAAAGACAGUUUUUGUAGAGAACUAGAGAGUGAAUUAACCUCUCUUCAUUCAUGGAUAAAAGCUCAAGCUUAUCACCCAGCUUCCUCGUUUCUAUACGGCUACAGACCGCAUCGUUCAGACUCGAGAACAGUCAUACAAAGCGUACAGCUUUUGAAUGGGGUGAACGCGCAGAAAACUUCACCAAAAUCCAACGGUAUACUACACAAUGACAGCUCUGAAGAGGAACCAUAAAAACACUCAGGAAAUGUCUUUAUUAUUUUUGAUAACCAGCGAUUUAUAAUUUAUUAUUUCAAUAAUGUUGACAAAUUUAAUGAGGCAGCGGUCAAUCGGUGAUAUCGUGCAAGCUUCUCUCUAAAAAUAUUCCUGGGCAGUGAGUUCUUUGAAGCGGAAUUAUUUGAAUCAAAUCAACGAAGUCAUUGUCUGGCGCGAGUAUUAAUAUUCAAAGUGUACAUUUUGACUAAUUGUUCAUAAGCUUAAGAUAAUCUAAGAAGUUUGCUCUUUCCAGAAGUUGAUUUUUAGGCUUAUUUGCCAGUUGUUUUCUUUCCGGGGAGCAAUGGGGCCUUUGUAAGCGCUUACAUCAAAGGCUAACAAAAAGUGCCUUGCACCCUCUAGUCAGACGUAACAAGCUCUUUCGCAUCGGGGUGAUAAAUAUUCACUAUAUUCUUCCAUUGAAUUCUAGACAUAACAUUAUUAGACCCCACAGAGAUGAAAAACAAGAUUACCAAAGUAGUCUCUAGAAACAAGACAACCAUAUUUCAAUUUCUAUCAAAAAUMUUAAUAUACCGUCUUGGCCUGUCUUCUGGUGAAUACGUGCCGACGUUUCGAGACAUAACUUAACCAAAAUUGAAAUUUGCCUAAACAAAACAUUAACUAUUGAGGAUUUUGUAGUCUAAAUGUCCGACAGCGCGAAAAGCGUGGUGAGAUUUUAGACUUAGAUACAGAGAAAAGGCAGUUUUAGCCUUAACCAACGGGGCUAUGUACCUAGACAUUUUACUUGAAUUUCUUCCAAUCUAAAUACAAUCUGAUAAUGGAUCCAAAGACAGAAGAAAUGUAAAUUUAACAUCAAAUACGCUUGUCUCCUAUGAUUCCUUCCGUGGGCCACCACGCUAAAAUAUUUAUAUUAACAACACAAUAGAUAAAAAAAUAUAUGUCUGUAUAAGAUAGCUUUUAAAAGCACUCAAAUAACAUAUUUUAGUUUUGAAAAGAAAAAGAAAAUUGUCAUGUCUUUGUUGA